UUUAGGUUGUUAUACUCAGAAGCAGAUCUGUUGCCAAUCAAAUUUCUCCUGAAAGGUUUAAUGCUUGUAGCAAAUAGGAGGAGCGUCAGCAACAGCACAGAGUGCAGCAAACAGAUCUAAUGCAAAGACAGAACAGAACAGAAGAGAUGAGAAAACUUUUGGAAGGGUGAAGAAAGAAAUACAGUUACUAUCGGGGAAAAUGCUUCUUAAAGAAAAAAAGAUAUAAACCAAUGAUCACACAGUUCAUCAUUAUUCAAGCAACAUGUCACGGCCAAUGAACAGAAGACAAGAUAAUCACAAAAUAGACUGGCAUUUACCAAGCAUCUCAUCCUCUGCCUCAGCACAUCACAUGAGCAGAGAACUCUUUGUGCUCACCUAUGGGGCUUUGGUAGCCCAGGUGUGUAAGGACUACGAAAAGGAUGAAGAUGUGAACAAGUAUCUAGACAGAAUGGGGUAUGACAUUGGUAUAAGGCUGGUUGAAGACUUUUUGGCUCGCUCUGCUGUGAGGAAGUGCCGUAGCUAUUCUGAAACUGUAGACGUGAUUGCACAGGUUGCUUUCAAGAUGUACCUUGGGGUUACCCCUAGUGUGAGCUGCAGUAAAACAACAGAAAAUGAAUUCUUCUUAAUACUGGACAAGAACCCUUUAGUGGACUUUGUGGAGGAGCUCCCAGCAGGACGAUGUUCACUUUGCUACUGUAACCUCCUGUGUGGUGUUAUUAGAGGAGCCCUGGAAAUGGUUCACUUAGCAGCAGAAGUUACCUUCGUUCAAGACAGACUGAAGGGUGACGAUGUGACGGAAAUAGGAAUUAUAUUUUCAAAGAAGGUCGAAGACAAGAAGCACAAAAGAAAGAAGUGAAGCUGAUAGAAGGAAUCCUCUCUAACUUACAAUUUGCCCAUUUUUACCUAUUUCGGAAGAAAAUCCACACAGUGGCAAUGGCUUCAUUGAUUCAGGUAUAGUUACAUCUUAGAGUGGUAAAGACAGUCAGAGCAUAUACUCAAAAUGUACUGUCACCACCUCGCAGAAUUCAACAUACAUUCUUAAAAAGGACCAGUCCUUUACUCCUUUCACAGGGAAAAUCCCAUUGAUUUCAUCAGAAGUUUUGCUUGAGUAACAAGUGUGUGACUGGGCCCCAAAUCUCCAUCCUAAUUCCUGUUCUUUUUCAUUAGAAAUGUGAUUGUAUUUUCCAGUUUGCUCAUUAGUGAUGCUUCAAAGACAUAAAGAACUGUGCUUGUACUGAUAUGCUUUUCAUUCUAGCCCUUAUGAUUGUGAACAAGAAAUUGUUUUGCUAUAAAUUGUGCACUUUCUCAUUCCAAUGCAUCUUCCUUUGUUUCACUUGUGACUAUGGUUUUUCCUUCAUUUUGCCCAAUCUGCUCCUACUGAAAUCAAACAGAGAUGUGAUUCCACUGGGAUCAGGUUUUCUGUAGGUAAACAUGACAAUAUGCAGUUUUGUUCAGGUGCAUAUAGCAGACAUAGAGAAUUUUUCUAAAUAAUGGAAUAUGGAUGCUGUUUGAGACUAAGCACCUUGUGCAGCUUUAACUUGUGUGUUCUUCUUGAGACUACAUAGAUGGUUAGCAAACUGAAAAAGCAUGAUGUAUUCUAAUGCACAGUCAUCUUAAAUAUGAGCUUCACCCAAGCAAACUGUAAUAAAAAAUGCAAACACUAUUGUGCCACCAAUUCUUUUCUGUUGAGGUACUUACAUGGCCCCCAUCACCUCAGUUUCUGAGCACCUCGCAAUCAUUACUUGAUUUAAUCCUUAUAAAAUCCUAGUGAGGUGUGGAGGUAGUGAAAAUUGAGGCACAGGGUAGAUUAAGUGUUUUGCCAAAGUAACACAGGAAACCUGUGGCAGAGCUUGGAAUUUAGCCCAGGUUUUGAGUCCUGGUCCACUGGCCUACCCACUAGACCUUCCUUUCUUAGCCUCUCUCUAGGAGCCAGAAUUCCCUAUUUUUAUUACAAUGCAAAAUAAUCAGUCUUAAUCAAUCAAUAAAAUGCUGCCCAUAGUAAACAUAUGACCCUGUUACUGAAACACUUGUCCUUCAUCUCCCUUUCCCAUCUUCUUUUGUCUGUUAGGUUCCAAUCCUGCAAUGUGAUGUGAAUAGGUUGUUUGUGCAGGGCCCUGGACUUAAGUGGCAGGGACUAUUGGUGACAUCCUGACCACAUUAAAGUCAAUGAGAGUUUUGCGACUGACUUAAAUGGGGCCAAGAUUUCACGCCAUGUCACCAAAUCUUCUAAAAUUGUUAGAAAUGAAUGAACUUCGUGUUUGCUGCAGGGCUCAAUGUAGGAAAGCAAGGAGCUUCCACUUUAUGCCUUGAUUCAGCAAAACACUCAAUUACUAGUGAAUCCCCACUGAAGUUCUUCCCCAUCAACUUAUUCACAGUACAUUUCAAAAAGCCAGUACACACACACGCUUUAAUUUCAGUUUUCAUUUUUUCCCUCAUUAUACAGAGUAUGUCCAUUAUGUGCUAAGGCAGGACAAAGCAAAGCACAAAAAAUAUUAACGCAUAAUUAAAAAAAGAAAAAAGUAUCCAUUAGAGUUCACAUUUUAUAAAGGAUGACAUUCUUCUUUGUGCUGAGGAUCAGGACAAAGCCUGUACAUUGAUUAAUUUAGUGAGACUUAAGUGGUGCAGAGCUUAGGUCUCAUGUAGAGUAUGAAAAAAAUAUUUACAGGUUCAAAAGAGGGAAAAGGCCAUUUCCUUUAAAAAUCCCAGAGUAUAAAAAUUCAGCUAACCUCAGUCUGCCGGUUCCUCAACCCAGUGAACUCAAUGGAAUAUUUACCAUUGACAUCAGUGGUGAAGGAUCAAGCCUAAUGUACACUGACUGCUCCACAUUUACAACACUUUAACUCCUUUCAAGAUGUAUGCAGAAGCAGACAAGGUAGUUAACAAAGGACAGCACAUUCAAAUUAGUAACCGCUGGCCUCAGUACCAAGCAUAAUGAAGCUGAACAGUAUCAAAUUCUACUGUUUCACUGGUUGUCUUUGGGUUGCAUACCCAAUUCUAGGAAAGAAGGACAAUGACAGAAUUUCAUUUAUGAAAAACAGUAACAUUAAGGGUGUAUUUGUUUUGUUUAAAUAACAUGAGCACAGUAGACACAUAUGAGAGAAGAGGAACAUCCCUUGGAAAGCUAUUUUGUUAGUCUGUGUAGGACAAUGGACCUCAUGGAACUGUAUUGAGUCCUGGGUUGUGCUAUUAGAGCUCAGAAGACAUUUGCCAUCUUGCCUGAGGAGGUGCUAUAGAAGUUUGGUGGGAGAGAGAAAUUAUGGCAGAAAACUGGUCAUUACCAGAAAAACA